ACUCUGGUGGACCUGGUCUCCUGCAGGACUCUGGUGGACCUGGUCUCCUGCAGGACUCUGGUGGACCUGGUCUCCUGCAGGACUCAGUCUGGACCUGGUCUCCUGCAGGACUCUGGUGGACCCGCAGGGACCGGCACCAUGAGCGGAGCGGCUCUGGGUCUGGAGAUCGUCCUGGUCUUCUUCCUGGCCCUGUUCCUGCUGCAGCGCUACGGAGACUUCCAGAAGCAGCAGAGGAUGGUUCUGUUCGGCACCCUGCUGGCCUGGUACCUCUGCUUCCUCAUCGUCUUCAUCCUCCCUCUGGACGUCAGCACGACCAUCUACAGGCAGUGCAUCCUGGACCACCAGGACCCGGAUCCCUCCAUCAGUCCGGUCAACCACAGCACGUCCAACACAUCUGCAGCCCCGACCAAAAGAGUUGUGAGUCGCUGCUACAAACCCUGGAGCUACAUCCCUGAAGGCAUCAUGCCCGUCUUCUGGAGGGUGGUCUACUGGACGUCUCAGUGUCUGACCUGGCUGCUGCUGCCCUUCAUGCAGUCGUACGCUCGCUCCGGGGGGUUCUCCAUCACGGGCAAAAUCAAAACGGCGCUCAUCGAGAACGCCAUUUAUUACGGGACCUACCUGCUGAUCUUUGGCUCCCUGCUCAUCUACGUGGCUGUGCACCCUGAGUGGCACCUGUCCUGGUACGAGCUGCAGACCAUCGGCAUCACGGCAGCCAACACCUGGGGUCUGUUCCUGCUGGUCCUCCUGAUGGGCUACGGUCUGGUGGAGGUCCCCCGCUCCUACUGGAACGCCUCCCGACACGGACACCUCCUCAUCAAGACCUACUUCAAGGCCUCCAAGCUGAUGACGGAGAAGGCCGACGCMGAGGAGAACCUGGAGGACGUGAUGGAGGAGGUCCGGAAGGUCAGCGAGUCCAUCAAGUACAACCAUCCUCUGAGGAAGUUCAUCGACACCAUCCUGAGAAAGUGUCCCGUGGAUUAUCAGGACAAGAUGGGUCGGAACAUGGACGACUACGAGGACUUUGAUGACAAACAGAACACGUACCCCUCAGAGAAGAACCUGGUGAAGCUGCACAAACAGAUGGCGUGCUUCAUCACCAUCUUCUUCCUCUGCACCUGUGUUUACUCCACCGUGUUUCGGAUUCGGGUGUUUAACUACUACUACCUGGCCUCGCACCAUCAGACCGACGCCUACAGCCUGCAGUUCAGCGGCAUGCUCUUCUGUCGUCUGACUCCUCCUCUGUGUCUGAACUUCCUGGGUCUGAUCCACAUGGACUCAGCUAUCUCCCACCAGGAGAAGCUGCAGACGGCGUACACCUCUAUCAUGGGAUCCAUGAGAGUCCUCUCCUUCAUCGCCAAYGGGUUCUACAUCUACUACCCCAUGCUGAUCGUCAUCCUCUGCAUCGCCACCUACUUCAGUCUGGGAACUCGCUGCCUCAACCUCCUGGGCUUCCAGCAGUUCAUGGACGACAGCGAGAUGACCUCUGACCUCAUCGACGAGGGGAAGGAGCUGAUUCGACGCG